ACUACUUACUAAUUUAAUAAAUAAGCCAUUCCCACUUUGUCUCCACCCCCAAAACCAAACUCCAUAUGAUAUAUAUUCGUUCUUUAAAUACCACUGCCAAGAAGAUCGAAAACCCUAUUUCAUUUCAUAUCGUAUGGAUUCGGAUUCAGACAAGAAAAGUAGUUCAGGAGCAGCAGUGAUCGCCACCGUUGAUGUGAAGGAGGCUCGGAAUCUGAUCAAUCAGGGCCACAGAUGUCUUGACGUUAGGACUGAGGAAGAAUUCGAGAAUGGUCACUUCGAGAGUGCCAUUAACAUCCCUUAUAUGUUUAAAACUCCACAAGGCAGGGUGAAGAACCCCAAAUUCAUGGAUCAAGUGUUGGCAGUAUGUGGAAGAGAGGAUAAACUUGUUGUGGGAUGCCAAAGUGGUGUCAGAUCCGUCUAUGCAACUACUGAUCUUCUUCAAGCGGAAUUCAAGCACGUGUGUAACAUGGGAGGAGGAUACAUUGAGUGGGUUGCCAAUGGAUUGCCUAUAAAGAUUAUUGAUAAGCCACCACCAAAUUCACACCAUCCAAAUCCAAUGGGUUCACUUUAACUCCCUCCCUCUUCAAUUACUCAAUUAAUUUGUCUUCAAUUAUAUUAUAUAUAUAUAUAUAUAUACACACUAUGACCCGUGCUCCGCGCGGAUAUUUUAUAAUGUAAUAAGGAAUGUUUUGUUUCCUUAGGGCGUGUUUGUUUGGGGAUUGAAUUAUAUUUACAUUAUUUAUCCCAUUUUUUUCACAAAAAUAUCAAAUCAAAUACUUAUUUUUUA